AGGCCUUCACUUGUCCUGGCCCGGGGGCGCUUGGAGUGUGGGGGGGCCCUGGGGGGCCCUCAGGCCAGGGUGGAAGCCUGCUCACCGAGGGCUCAAAGCCAGGGUCUGGGCUCCUGGUGAACGUGGGAAAGGGCGACGGUGUCAGCAGGGCCCGCAGGCCCCGCCGUCCCACAGCUCUGCCCUGCCCUGCUGCCCCCCAGCCUGGACACCCUGCACACACACCUGGUGUGCUUUCCUCCCUUUGCCCAGGCUGGGAGUUCUACCACCAAACUUCCCUACCCACUGCCAUGGUCCCCAAUCACUGCUGCCUGGACCCCUUGAGGGGCUGCCCACUUCCUGCCCUGGGCUCCCACGUGGGCCUGACUGCCCCUUCUCCCUGCAGGUGCUGCCGGAUGCCCAGCCCCUAGCCCUCUGCCUCCCCCUCCCGCAGACACUGAGGGUCCCAGCAGGCCAUGCAGCUGUGCCAAGGUGCCUCCAGCAUGGCGGCGGCCGAAGUACCCGGCUACCUUGUAUCUCCUCAGACGGAGAAGCACCGGCGGGCACGCAACUGGACGGACGCUGAGAUGCGCGGCCUCAUGCUCGUCUGGGAGGAGUUCUUCGACGAGCUGAAGCAGACCAAGCGCAACGCCAAGGUGUAUGAGAAGAUGGCCAGCAAGCUGCUGGAGAUGACUGGCGAGCGCCGGCUGGGCGAGGAGAUCAAAAUCAAGAUCACCAACAUGACCUUCCAGUACAGGAAAUUAAAAUGCAUGACAGAUAGCGAGUCCGUCCCGCCCGACUGGCCCUAUUACCUAGCCAUUGAUAGGAUUCUGGCCAAGGUCCCUGAGUCCUGCGAUGGCAGACUGCCGGACGGCCAACAGCCGGGGCCCUCCACGUCCCAGACCGAGGCGUCCCUGUCGCCGUCUGCUAAAUCCACCCCUCUGUACUUACCGUAUAACCAGUGCUCCUACGACGGCCGCUUCCAGGACGAUCGCUCCGACAGCUCCUCCAGCUUACUGUCCCUUAAGUUCAGGUCGGAAGAACGGCCUGUGAAGAAGCGCAAGGUGCAGAGCGGCCACUUCCAGAAGAAGAAGCUGCGGCUGCUGGAGGCCAUGUUGGACGAGCAGCGGCGGCUGAGCCGGGCCAUGGAGGAGACGUGCCGCGAGGUGCGCCGUGUGCUGGACCAGCAGAACAUACUGCAGGUGCAGGGGCUGCAGCUGCAGGAACGCAUGAUGAGCCUGCUGGAGAAGAUGAUCGCCAAGUCCAGCGCCUAGCUGCCGCUCCAGGCCGGGACCCCGCAGGCUCUGGGGACCUCGCGGCCCCGUGUCCAGCAGUAAAGCCCCUCGGACACAGCCAGGGACUCCAGGGUAACUCUGGGUGAAUCCCCAGUGAGGACGUGCCAUUAUAGAGUCCACUUUCCACCGUAGUCACCGUCCAUGGUACUUGAAAUGGCUUCUGAUAGUAAAUGCGUGAUUUCUCCUUCCCACCUGGAAGCAGAGCUCACUUCCCAGGCCCGGGGGAUGCACCAGGUGGGUUGGUCUGUUCUGGAAACAAAAGCAAAUGCAAACAGGUCAGCCUGGCUCACAGCUCCAUGAAGGAGGGGGCCCGGUCUUCCUCAGCAGGGUCCGCGUCUGCCCUAAAGUAACCUCCGACACCCAGCAAACCCCGCCCACCCUCGGCCUUCCAGCGCCUUUUUAUUCCUGUCCCUGGAACGCCAGGGGUUGCCACUGCCUCCUCAGUGAGAACUCUAAUAAAGGUAAUGACGCCUGCUCAUGUGCACCGGGGGGCCGUUCAGUCUCCUGGCCCCAGAGUCUGGUGGUGAGACAAGGCCUGUCCUUACGGAGCUUACGCCCCAAUGGGGAGACAAACACAUGACUAGAGAAGUAAACCCAUAGUGUGUUGAGAUAGUGCUGGAAAGGAAGAGCCGGCUGGAGGCCGAGGAGGGGCCGGCACAGAGCUGGUGCGCCAGGCUGGAGAGUUGCUCCCCACGCCCGGGCCACGGCUGCUGGGAUCUGGACAGGAGCUGGGGUGGGGCGGUCAGGGCUGCAGGAUAACUUCACCUCCCUGCCCCUGCUCCUUGGCUGGUGGAAAACCUUUCCAGAGGCUCCUCCGAGGGAUUCCUCCUGAGGUUUGUUGGCUUCUUUGGCUUUGGCCACUGGCUGUAAUGGAGGCUGGGCACAGUAACAGACGAUUCUCCCCUGGAACUUGCACAUUGCUGCACACAGAGCAGGUUCUGAGGUUACACGAUGCGUGGGUUAGUGGCAGGUGAAAUGGACUGACUUAUGGUCCAGGGAAGCCCCCUUGUGGCUACAGAUGGGCCAACUGCUGGGGGUGAUGGUGGUGGAGGGGGCCUGCCAGGAAAUUUCAUCACACGUCGUCCUGGUGGGACAACUGCAAGCUCAUCUGACACUUCAGUGGCUCAGAGGUUAGCCAUGCAGUGGUCGCCCAGUGGUACAGAGGCCAGAGGCAAAGCU